AUGGCGCAGCAGCUUCAAGCACAAGACAUGCCUGAGCCAGGCCAGGAUCCAAAUAUGAUCAGUGACUACUACCAGCAGGAGGCCAACGACCUCACGGGUGGCCUGCCCAUCAAUCUCGACUCGCUGCGAGAUGGGCCACCCGGCACAAAGCCUUUUUAUCCGUAUUCUACGUUGAUUCGUUAUGCAAUCAAAGGCUCUCCAAACCAAAGGCUCCUGCUCGAAGAUAUCUACUAUGCUAUAGAAUCAAGAUUUCCCUAUUUCAGAACAGCUCCCAGUGGUUGGAAGAACUCUGUCCGACACAAUCUCUCACUCAACCCAUGCUUCGAGAAGGUUCCUCGACCACUCACCGACAGAGGGAAGGGCUCGUACUGGGUCGUGAACGAUAAUGUAGACCCUCGUACUGGUGUACAUCGGAUACGGAAGAAGAAAACGAAGUCGUCCAAACGUUCAUCGGAGGAAGCUGACUACCAACCCGCGGACGGUGGAUUCGACAACCCGAACGCGCAGUUUGUUCCACCUCCUUCGAUGGACUCGGAUGAUGCUGCAGGUCCCAGCAGACAACCGCAACCUGUGGUGUAUCCUCCAACCUACCCCCCGCCUGCGUUCGACCCAGCCUUCAUGAUGGGCGUUCGAUUUAGCAUCCCCGGCUUGCCAUUGGACGAAGGAAUAGAGCUAGACGAGCAAGGCAAUGUCAACUGGCGCGCGGCUUGGCUGAAGGAGAUAGGGCAUCUACAAGCGCUCACGGCAGAUCAAGAGAAGGCUGGGGUAGAUCAGGAAUGGUACAGGAUGAUGUUCGUUCGAGUCAGGACUGCGUUCAUGCCGCCGAUGAAUCCUGAAGCCAUGAUGCAGCUUGCAAACGCGCACGGGAUGGUCCCCAACGCGGUCGAUCCCCAACAUCAACAACUACAGCAGCAAGUGCAGGGCCAGCAACCCCAACCACAGUAG